GGUGUCGCGGCGGCCGUUCUAGGAGCCCGGCGUCCGGGGACGCCGCCUCUGCUCUCCUGGACGCUGAGUCUGGGAGGGGGCGGGUUGCAGAGGACCCUCCCCACGCCACUACCGGUCGGUCGGAGCCUCCCGGGGCCCCUGGACGCCGCUGUGCCAGUGCGCGCCGGGCCAGCCACCCCGAGUAGGAGUAGCAGGGAAUCACUUCUACCCUGAGGCCGGGCUGGCUCCGGGCAGGUGUCCCCUGCCCCCCCCUCGCCCCCAACCAAGAUGGUUGUCCUGUCUUCCUGCGGGCCUGGAUGGGGGAAGGCAGGGAAGGGUCUGGGGGGACCACCAGGGUGGAAUCCGGAGGCUGGCAGCCCUGGGUCAGCUCUGCUGCUCUCUAGUACCCAGAGCAGAGCCUGGAAGUGACAGAAGGGAUCUUUGGGCAGCGCCUGGAGGACACGGUGCGCCACGAGCGGAAGUACGGCCCCCGCCUGGCCCCGCUGCUGGUGGAGCAGUGUGUGGACUUCAUCCGGGAGCGCGGGCUCGCCGAGGAGGGGCUCUUCCGCAUGCCGGGCCAGGCCAACCUGGUGAGGGACCUGCAGGACUCCUUUGACUGUGGAGAGAAGCCGCUGUUUGACAGCACCACGGACGUGCACACGGUGGCCUCCCUGCUGAAGCUCUACCUGCGGGAGCUCCCCGAGCCUGUGGUCCCCUUCGCCAGGUAUGAGGACUUCCUCAGCUGCGCCCAGCUGCUCACCAAGGAUGAGGGGGAGGGGACUCUGGAGUUGGCUAAACAAGUGAGCAACCUUCCUCAGGCCAAUUACAACCUGCUUAGAUAUAUCUGCAAGUUUCUGGAUGAAGUUCAGUCCCACUCAAACGUCAACAAGAUGAGUGUCCAGAACUUAGCAACUGUUUUUGGACCUAACAUUCUACGACCACAGAUAGAAGACCCAGUGACCAUCAUGGAAGGCACCUCCCUCGUGCAGCACCUGAUGACCGUCCUCAUCCGCAAGCACAGCCAGCUCUUCAGCGCCUCGGCCGCGCCAGCGCCCGCCGCCCCGCGCGGGGGCCCGCACUGCGCAGUGGGCUGGGGCCCCGAGGAGGUCUCGAGGGACAGCCAGGGAGGGCCCGGCGGCCCCGCUCUGCCCGCGCAAAGGACCUCGUCUCUGGACCGGGCCGCCGCGGCCGUGCUGGCCAGGGCCUCCUCCACGGGGCUGGGCAGCCGCCCCGCACCCGCCGGCCCCGCGAAGAAGGUGCAGACUCUGCCCGGCUGGAAGUCGUCCUUCCGGCAGCCGGGGUCUGGGUCCGUGAGCCCGAAGGGGGUUGGCUCGUCCCUGGAGGUGCCCAUCAUCUCCUCGGGCGGGAACUGGCUCAUGAACGGGCUGUCCACGCUGCGCGGCCACCGCCGGGCCUCGUCGGGAGACCGGCUCCCGGACUCGGACUCCGCGCAGAGACUCUCCACCUACGACAACGUGCCGCCGCCCAGCCUGGCGCCCGGCACGCCCAGCGCGGCCAGCAGCGCGUGGUCCUGGCCGUCGUGGGGCGAGGCCUCGGCGGGGGCCUCGCUCAGCAGCUGCACGGCCUGCCGCGCCAGCGACUCGUCGGCCCGCAGCUCGCUGCACGCCGAGUGGGCCCUGGAGCCGUCCCCGCUCCCCAGCGACAGCGAGGACCGCCACUCCCCGGGCCCCGGCCGCAGCGCGGACGAGGCGGGCGGCCGCGAGCCCAGGGAGCCGGGCAGCCCGGUCCGGGAACGCGCGCGCCGCUCCGAGGCGCUGCAGGGCCUGGUCUCGGAGCUCAGGGGGGAGCUGAGCCGGCAGAGGGCUGAGUAUGAGCUGAGUAUGAAAAGACUCGAGGAGGACAGUGCGGACCUGAGGCGGUGCGUGUCCUGCCUGGAGGAGGAGCUGGAGCAGGAGAAGAAAAGGAACGUGCUGCUGGAGAUCAAGCUGCGCAACUCCGAGCGGGCGCGCGGGGACGCGGAGCGGAGGAACCAGCUGCUGCAGAGGGAGAUGGAGGAGUUCUUUUCGACCCUGGGAAGCUUGACUGUUGGGACGAAAGGUGCCAGAGCCCCUAAGUAAAAGGAAAGGCAGGGGAGGAAAAUAAAAAUAAAAGGAGCCAUGCCCCUUCUGUGCUGUCUGCUGGCCUCCCGCCACACGAGGAGCCACGGCCCUCUGGAGCCCUCUGGAGGCUCCAAGCCCUCUGGAGCUUGGACAGAGGCCUUCGAAGAGCAGGGAGGAUCCGGCACCCCAGGCAGGAUCCGGAUGCUGCUCCAACCAGGUGGGGCCUGGCGGGUGUCAGAAAGGGGCAGCGUUUAGCCCCUCACCCAGGAAAAGUCCCCCAUGGCCACCUAAAUGGAUGGCACCCAGGAUCUGGGUAGCCACCAGGAACAGUUUGCUUUAUUAAAUUUGCUCAGAAAGCA